GCCUGCCAGGUGAGCUGCGUGUGCCCAGCACCACCUCCUGCAUGCAGCAUGGGAGCAUAGAGGAAGCCCUGCAGCUGAGACCGACGCUCACCCACCGGGGGACACACAGACGGACGUUUGGACCCACCAGAAACACAGACACAGAGGGACUGCAGUGCUGCAGGUGCUUCACACCUCUAUAGCAAGGAGAGGCCAGCUGGGCAGAAGAGGAGGAGAAAGCCUGCAAAGCCAACAAGCAGUAGGGCCAAACACUGAGCUACUCCAGCUGCUUCUUCAGCCCUACACACCUCUGGUCUUCCUCCUCUGCAGUAUCUGAAGGCUGUGAUCAGCAUGAGGGACUGUUGCCCAGCCUCAGUGUCCCAGUACAGUCGCUAUGUCCCCAGACUGAGAGCCUCACGCACUGUGCACUUCCCCAAUGACAUCGUCUUUCAGGACCACAUCAAGCAAGGAGACCUGGAGCAGGUGGGCAAAUUCAUACGUGCCAGGAAGGUGACGCUGGACACCAUAUACCCUUCUGGAAUGGCAGCCCUCCACGAAGCUGUGCUGACUGGAAACUUGGACUGCGUCAAGCUGCUGGUUAGAUACGGUGCUGACAUCCACCAGAAAGAUGAGGAAGGAUGGACACCGCUGCACAUGGCCUGCAGCGAUGGCUAUGCUGACAUAGCCAGGUACCUCAUCUCUCUGGGGGCCAGCCUGGAGGCCACCACCGACGACGGGGAGACACCAUCAGACCUCAUUGAUCCCGAAUACAAGGACCUGGUGGAGCUCUUCGAGGCCACCACGAUGGGUUGAGACGGGGCAAGGCGAGGAGCAGGCCUCCGGGGGCCGGGG